ACCAACAAGUUAAUUUUAGACACAUGUAUAUUCAUUCAUUAAACAAAAAAGCUUUGCAACAUUCAAGUUCAAAAACUUUAUCAACCUAACUAAAAUAAAACUCAUCUGAAAGAGUAUAGAAGAAUGUUUGGUGUUGAGCUUUUGUAUAUAUAGGUAGUUUUAUUUUCAAAUAAGAAAAACAAAAUUUUGGCGACAUAGAUGAUUCUUGCUCUCAAUAUUAUUUCACACAAGUGUUUUUGAUAUCUCCCUGUUAACAUUCCCUUUCAGCCGAACGUCGGGUGUUAAGAGUUUUUAGUGUUUCUGCACAACUUAUAAUAAUCAUCUUUUAAAAUGUCAACAAUUCCAGUCGGAACUGAACCAAGCAACGUAGUCUGCCCAACAUGCAGACAACAAAUUUUGACAAGAGUUGAAAGCAAAGCGUCUACCAAGACUCAUUUGAUUGCAUUGAUUCUUUGCAUUCUUGGAUGUUGCCCAUGUGCAUGCUGCUUAUACUGCACAAAAUGUGCAAGGAAUGUUGAACAUUACUGUCCAUCUUGCAAUGCCUUUAUUGGUGUUUACGAAAAAUAAAUUCGAUUUCCUAUGUUAAACAAAAUAUAAAAACCAAAAAAAAAUUAUUAUAUGUAUAAAUAUACAUACAAACAUAAAUAAAUGUAAAUGUAAAAUGUGUCUCACUUAAAAAAAAAACAAAAACAAAAACUCAUUUUGAAUAAUUCGAAAAAAUAGUUUUACAAAAAAUAGUAAAAUAUUUGUAAAAUAUAAUGAAACUCGAAUAAUUUUUUGGUUUCUUUUGUUUUUUU